GAAGAAGAAGAAGAAGAUCUCCAAUCUCUCAGACACAAAACUCGAUCAAUUUCUGUCUGUCUCUCUUUCACUCCUCCGUUUUUGAAUGUCAUCAUCUUUUCUCAAACUCAUCCCCAAAACUAAAUUCAUUUUCUUCUUCUUCAAAGUCUUUAUCUUGAACACCCCCCCAGCAUCAGAGAAGUUAUGGAUACCAGUGGAAGGAGCUCAAAUAAUAGAUGUUCAGGAUACUCACCUGGGAACUUAGAAGAAACUGUCGAACAGACUAUCAGAGGUGAUAUUGGACAAACUUUAAAUGGCAACCAAGGAGAGUUAGAUAAAUCAAAUGAUGUUGAAGUUGAUCUCAACAAGUUAGAAGACUUGAUAUACGAAGGAAUGGUGUUUGAAUCUGAAGAAAGAGCAUUUGAUACAUAUAAUGAGGUUGCCAGGAGAGCGGGUUUUAGUGUCCGAAGAGACAAAUUAGUUAAGAGAGCAAAUGGCAUGAUGCGCAAACGAGUUUUCGUAUGUUUUAAACAAGGUAUUCGAAAGAAGGAUAACCGAUAUCAGUAUGUGAGAAAGGAACGGCCACAAAUAAGAACUGGUUGUAUGGCACGUAUGGUUAUCAAAUAUGAAAAGGAGAACAAAUGGGUUGUAACUGAUAUCAUCUGUGAGCAUAACCAUCCGCUUCCAACCACGUCAAAGUCAUAUAGGCUAAGGCCCCAAAGAAGAACAGCAGAUGCUGCUACUAACGAUCUUGAAGGCAUAGAUACAGUAGGGAUUUCUCCAGCUGAUGGUUCCAAACAAAUUAAUGGACGGCAAGCAGAGGGGCAUGAGAGUGUUGGCAAUAAACUUGCAACUUUGGGAAAUCAUAUUCAAAGUAAGCGGAAAAUACUGGAGAAGGAUGAAGCACGUACAUUAUUAGAUUAUUUCACGAGGAAGAAAAUGGAGAAUCCUGCAUUCUUUUAUUCAAUGAUAGUUGAUAAGGAAAAUCAGGUGACCAAUCUAUUCUGGGCGGAUGCAAGAUCAAUCAUGGACUACAACUAUUUCGGUGAUGUUGUUAUUUUUGAUACGACGUACCGAACAAACUUGCAUGGCUGGCCAUUUGCACCAUUUGUUGGGGUUAACCAUCAUAAGCAGACAGUCCUAUUUGGUGGUGCCCUGAUAUUAGAUGAAUCUACUGAGUCAUUCAUUUGGUUGUUUGAAACAUGGAUGAAGAUGAUGUCUGGACGUCAACCUAAAACGAUCAUCACAGACCAUUGCGCUACAAUUUCCAAAGCCAUCUCAAUUGUGAUGACAGAAACACACCAUCGAAUUUGUUUGUGGCAUAUAUUUAAGAAUGCUUCUAAGCAUCUUUCUCAUGUUUACUGGAUGCCGGGUUUUCUUCAGUGUUUCAGCAAGUGUAUAUAUGGUUAUGAGACAGAGGAGGAAUUCAUUGCCAGAUGGGAGAAGAUGUUGCAUGACUAUAAACUUGCAGGAACAAAAUGGUUGGAUGACUUGUUUAACGUGCGGGAGAAAUGGGCAUUAGUCUAUGGACAUGACACAUUUUGUGCUGAUACAACUACUACUCAGCAUAAUAAAAGUAUUAACAAAUUCUUAAAGAAGUUUGUGAAAAAGAAGUACUCUUUUACAGAGUUUCUUGCACGUUAUGAAAGAGUACUUAGUGCUUGGCGGGAGAGAGAGUUGCAUGAAGAUUUCGAGUCUAUUCAGACAUCACCGAAUCUGCCCUUUCCUGCACCCAUGUUAAAGCAGGCGGCAGAUAAGUAUACAAGAGCUGUAUUUAAGAUGUUUGCAGAAGAGUACAAAGAAUGGAUUUUGUGCAAGGUAGAAGAUUGCGGUGAAGAUGGGAUUUUCUGCAAGUAUGAAGUAACACAAGAGAACCGUGCGAAAGGCCUGGUUACGAUUGACCCUUCAACAUGUCAAGUUUUGUGCAGCUGUAAGAAAUUUGAGUUUGUAGGAAUUUUAUGCCGCCAUGCCAUUAAGAUACUGUAUCACAGAAAUAUCCAUGAUCUUCCUCCACAUUACAUUCUAAAGAGGUGGUCAAAAGAUGCCAAGAGUGGGACCGUGAGGGAUCGAGAGGGAAACCAAAUGCAAGCUGAUUCUAGCUCACUAAUAUCUUUACGUUACAAUGAGCUUCUUCAGAAGGCUAUUAAUAUUGUGACUAAGGGUUCACUUAAUGAAGAGUCUCAUUUGGUGGCCAGUCGUGCACUGGACAAUGCCCUGUUAGAAGUUGAAUCUGCUACAAAAGCAACUCAAGGAGGCAGCGGUGAUGAUUUCGACACAUCUCUAGCAACUCAGUUCCACUCUGGAGAGAGAGUUUUUGUGGGAGAAGGAGGUGACAAAAGUAUAAUGUUCAGUGCUAGGCAAAUUAAUGGUGAUCUAGAUGUAGGACAAAAAAGGAGGAAAACACGAAAUAGUUUUGUUGAUUUAAGCCAUGAGCUAAGCAUGGAUAAUCCGCACCAUCAGCAAGGACAAAAUCAUAGGCUACCAGAUGGCUUGAAGAGAAAUGAUUCACCUAUUUAUCCGAGUCUGCAGAUAGUUUCCACACCAAAUUCCACUCCCCUUCCGUAUACUCCAGUUAGCUUGACAGAGUCAACGCAAUUUAUCUAUCCAAUUAUACGCCCUAAUUUACAAUAUGUCUCAAGUCCGUACACACAGGGGUCCAGUGGUCUUGGGAUGGAACCCUGUCCAUUUAUCACUCAUAGCGCCCCAGAGGGAUCUUAUAUUUCGAAUAAGCCUCAUAACUUAGGAAGUACAUACUCAAAACCAACAACUGCAAACACUGGUUUCAAGCCUCACCAGGCAUCCUUCGGUGAGCCACGGAUUCCAGCAACUUUUUACCCACAACCUUCUUCAUUUCCCACUAGGUUUGAAUCCAACCAGGUAUUAAACCCUCAUGGUUCAUUGCAACCAUCAAUGUAUAUGGAUCUUCACACAACUCAGGGUGCUCUGGGCAUAGAAUCUAGCGAGGAGUCAUCUGAUUCUGACGAGUCUCAGUUAUCACCGCUAAGUAAUUGAAGAAUUAAAGUCAGGCACCUACGAGCUUGUAUCAGAGAGCAUUUAUAACCAACUCGAUUGUUUACCCGGAUUUGCUCAAGGUACUUUGGAGUCAUUUGGAGCGAAAGAAGAGGAAAUCAUUCAUUUGGAGCGAAAAGGGCAGCCACUUCCGGUGGCCAUUAUCCAAGUUGGGUGCCAUCAUCAGUCCCAAUCAUUUUGUCCAAAAGAACAGAGAAGGCAUUGUGGUUCUGGUGAUGCUAGCAACAACAAGGAGCUGAAACUGGUGAUGAUCAGGGGUUAUGAAGAAUACAGCAAGAACAAUUGGUACUGAAGGUGUUGGUGGUACUGAGAACUAUGGGGUGAAUAUGCAGGUGCAGUGGUGAUUUAAUGGGUUGUGUGCUGGUGGUUUGCGGUGGUAGUUGUAAUAGAAGAUGGAGGAAUUGGUCCUGGUGGUGCACAAGAAGUAGCCGAGUAUGGUGUUGGCUUUACAGAGAAAUAGAGUAAACUGUGGGUGCUAACAAAUUGGAUUUGAAUCUGAGUUGAAGCUACUGCUGGUCUAGAAUGAAUGUUUUACAGGGAACAUGAGCUGAUGGGAAUGUCUGGGUGCAAAAGAAUGAAAAUUGUUCUGGUUAGGGCUGCACAACGGGUAGGGUGAGUAGGAUAUGGCCUAUACCCGCCACCCUACCCGUUUACUGGCGGUUAAGGAAAUUUUUACCCGCCACCCUACCCGCCAAAUAAUGGAUAGGGUAGGAUACG